AUGGAUGACAGAUUAGAGGAGAUGGAGGGGGAGGUGCAGGAGACAAGGGAGGAUCUGAGGAGGAGAGAGGAGGAGAAGAGAAAGCUUGACGAUGAACUGAGAGAGGAGAAAGAGGAGCGAGGGAGACUGGUGGAAGCUGAGAGAAGUCAGCACCUCCUGUUGGAAGAAGAAGGGAAGUCCAGAACGAGAGAUCUGGAGGAGGAGAAGGCGGGAAUGUCAGUGGAACUGUGGAGGAGCGAGAAGGAGGUGAAAGCUCUCAGACAGGAGGCGCAGAGGGAAGAGAGGAAGAAAAAGGACAUCCAGGAGGAGAUGACAGCCCUCAAUAUAGCAGUACAGAGUGAGCAAAGGAGGUGGGAGAAGGCCCAGGAGGAGAUGAGGGCUGAAAAGGAGGUGGUAGGUCUAACACAGGAGGUACAAAAGGAACAAAAGGAGAAGACGGAGGCGCAGGAGGAGCUGAUGAAGAGAAGAGAAGAAAUUACAUCACUCAGAGAGGAGGUGCAGCAUAAGGAGAAGGAGCGUGUACAGGAGAUGUUAAUGACGAGAGACAAGGACGUGACU